GGAGCGUUCUGUAGCCUACGGGUCAGCGCGAACAACAGCACGAUACUGCCGCAGCAUGGAUACCACAGGACACCAUGGUUGUGAAAUUAACGAAGAAGAUGGUGGAGGUCCGAUCGGAGUGGGUUUGUAUGAACGCGUGUCAGACCGUAUAUGCAAUGAGGCGCGCCUGGGCCAUCUCGCUCUUUGGUGCCGCUCACCGUUUGACUAGAGUCAUGACGAUGACAGGGCGAUCCGACGCGGCCGUCCAGACCCUGGCCAGUCGUGCCGACUUGCUCAUUUCCGCUGUCCGUGUGCAUCGAAAGCGUUGACAGCGCCAGGCUCGUCCAGCAGUAGCUACCGCACCCGCUCUCACCACCUCUACCACUACACCACUACACCUCACAACCAUGGUCCUCAAGCUCUACGGCAACCCCAUGUCGACGUGCACGAAGCGCGUCGCCAUGGUAUUGAAGGAGAAGAACGUCCCGUUCGAGUUCGUGGUCAUUGACUUCGCCAAGUCCGAGCACAAGUCGCCUGCGUACCUCGAGAAGCAGCCGUUCGGCCAGGUACCGUACAUCGACGACGACGGCUUCAUCCUCUUCGAGAGCCGCGCCAUCGCGCGCUACAUCGCGAUCAAGUAUCACGACCAGGGCGCGACGCUCCUCCCCGCAUACGGGGACCUCCAGGGCCUCGGUCGCUUUGAGCAGGGCGCCAGCAUCGAGGCCGGCACCUUUGAUGUCUACGCGGGCGCGAUCGCGUUCGAGAAGCUCUUCAAGCCGAUGCGCGGUCUUCAGACGGACGACACGAAACUCGAGUACUUCACCACUACGCUCGACGCGAAGCUGGACGGCUACGAGGCCGUCCUGUCGAAGCAGAAGUACAUCGGUGGUGACAUCUUCACCCUCGCGGACCUCUUCCACCUGCCCUAUGGUGCCCUGCUCCCCAAGGCCGGCUACAAUUACCUUCAGGACACCGCUAAGAGGCCCCACCUCGCCAGGUGGUGGAAGGAGAUCAGCUCUCGUCCCACGUGGGAGGCCGUGAAGGAUAACGUCGAAGCUUAGAGGAGCCCUGAUAAAUUAUGGACUCUCAGUCAUUGUACAAUUGUAGCAGGAUGCAGUGUAAACAGAAAUGAAUGCAAGUUUGGUCGUCGGCAUGGAGAUC